GGUGAGCAGAUGGGGGUCUCAACAUCAUAUAAUGCCUCAAAGCUUCUCCUUGACGUCAAUAUCCCUGACAUUGAAGACUUUCGAACGAGGAUGUUGGCUAUGGGCUCAUCACAAUCCUUGAGCUCAACAUCAUCCCGAGCUGCAUUAAGUGAUGAUAAAGAAGUUGGAAUUGUCAAGAUGUUGUCUGAACUACAAACUACCAAGGAGGUUCGUGGGUUGUGGUUUUAUGGGAAGAUAAACGCUAUUCUGAAUGCUACCGGUUGGGCCUAUAUGGGAUGCUUCAAAAGGUCAUGUCGUGCAAGAGUCAUAAAGUAUGAUAAUGAGUUUGAGUGCACGAAGUGCGGAGUGCGGUCUUCUGAAGAAAACUGGCUCUACAAAUUGAAGCUGAAUGUUGUGCACGGUCGUCACAAGGCUGAGCUGCUAUUCUGGGAUCAAGCAUGCAAGCAGUUUUUGGGAAAACCUGCGUCUGAUUUUCAUGAACACCUGGAUGAUGUCAAGUUAAGACCUCACAGUGCCCCUCCAUUGUUCUACGACUUGGUUGGGCGGGAGUACUUAUUCAAAAUUGAGAGAGACAUCGCGAGUUUAGAUGGACCCCGGUGCUGCCUUUUGCAUAAGCAUGACAACAGACAAUAAGGAAAAGAUUGAACAGAUCAAGUCAUCCUGGAAAGAUGAACCAGAGCCAGAG